CGUCCGAGUCCAGCGCUGCUCACGUACACUCCAGCUCCAUUCUUGUUCUCGUAUGUUAUCGAUGGCGGCCGAAGAUGAAAAAUACAGAAACCCGGGGUAUGCAAGGCCAGAAAAGAAGCCUUGAAGUGACUAGUCGCCAUGUCCGUACGACUCGUGACGUGCUGGCUCAAAAACUCUACUCUGACAUUGAUGCAAUCCCGGAUUGCAGGCGCAAGACUACACGCUACUUAUACGCACCUCAACUCCCCUCCUCUCUUCACCUCUUCUUCCCCCCGUUCGUCAAAAACAUCGACUCCUUCAAAUCCUAUAACAACCUCAAUGGCGUCCAGAGACACGUCUAACCAAACCGCAGUUACCACCGCUGCACUCACUAACCCUGACGGGACCCUGAAACGUCCGCCUUCAGCCUUCCGGAACACUAUCGAGAAGGGCGGAACCCAUGAGCCAGAAAAAGGCCGCUAUCAUCUCUACGUCUCUUACGCUUGUCCUUGGGCGACGAGAGCUCUGAUUACCAGGAGACUCAAGGGACUAGAAGACAUCAUAGGCGUCACCGUUGUCUCUCCUCGAAUGGACAGCGAUGGAUGGCCAUUUGGCUCGACAGAUCCUUUCCCUGGCGCAGAACCUGACCCGUUCCAUGAUUCUAAACACGUCCGGGAUCUCUACCUACGAUCCAACCCCGAAUACAGUUCAAGGUUCACAGUUCCGGUAUUGUGGGACAAAAAAACCGAGAAAGUCGUCAAUAAUGAGUCUGCGGAUAUCGUUCGAAUUUUGAACACGGCUUUCAAUGAUCACAUCUCACCCGAAAAGGCCAAAAUCGAUAUUUAUCCCGAACACUUGCGAGCAGAGAUUGACGCCCUCCAUGAAUGGAUCUAUCCUAACAUCAACAAUGGUGUAUAUCGCGCUGGAAUGGCAGGAAACCAACAAGCCUACGAGGCCGCCGUCAAGGAUGUGUUCAGUGCCCUGGAUAAAUUAGAGAAGACCUUGGAAGGGAAGGACUACAUCGUUGGUAAUCAGCUGACUGAGGUUGACAUUCGCACUUGGGUCACCGCUGUCCGCUUCGACGUUGUUUAUCACGGCCACUUCAAGUGUAAUAUUCGUAACAUCAGACAUGGAUACCCAGCUAUCAAUGCUUGGAUGAAGAAGUUGUACUGGACAAAUCCUGCAUUUAAGGAGUCAACUGAUUUUGACCACAUCAAGACCCAUUAUUACUACUCCCAUCCUCAUAUCAACCCGACCCGAAUUGUUCCUAGUGGCCCUCAUCCCCAUAUCCAAACUUUGUGAAGUUGAAAUCGUUUUUGAUGGCUUGAUGUCCUUAUGUUACAUAGAGCAAUGAGAGAUACAGUAAUAGGGCUUUCAAUUCUAAAUUUCGGCUGUUGUCAAAACCGUC